AUGGUGUCCACUGGUGGUCUCAUGGAGACCAAGCACAAGGCUGGACAUGUCGAGCCGAUUUAUUGUUGCAGCUCGUCACUUGAGCCCGGCUACAAGCAGCCUCUUUCGCGCCGUGGCGGGCCUCCCUCGGAAUGCGCCGAGAUGGCCCAGGAACGACAGCUUGGCAGGGCAGAAGGCUUCGAGGCGUCCAGUCCAGUCCGGGCAGGAAUAGGCUCUGCCGCUCUGCAAUCUCGUGAGUCGUCGGCAUCUGCCCCAGCGUGCCGCGGCACAAGGUGGUAG